AGGUUUGGGCAGCGCUGGGCGAGGUUUGGGCAGCGCUGAGCGAGGUUUGGGCAGCGCUGAGCGAGGUUUGAACAGCGCUGAGCGAGGUUUGAGCAGCGCGGCUGCGGCGGGUCACGGGUGAUGAGCGGGAAGGGGGAGCUUGGGGGAACCGGGUAGUGGCCGUCCCGAUCCCUUCCUUUUCCCGGCCGCCGGAUCCCCUCCAGCCCCGCCGGACGCCUGGACUCGCCCUGACCCUGCGGUGGAUUCGGCCAGACCAUGCCCCGCCCUAAGCCCACCCCCCGACGGCACGACCGCCCCCCGCCUCCACCCCCUCCCCGGCCGCGGGCACGCAGGCGCCGUCCAGGUCAGCGAGCACUGCAAGAGAUCCGCAUGUACCAGAGCAGUACCCGCCUGCUUCUGCGCCCCGGCCCCUUUGCCCGUGUGGUGCGGGAGCUCUGCCUACUCUUCACCCGCGGGGUUGAUUACCGCUGGCAGCGCAUGGCCCUGCUGGCGCUGCAGGAGGCAGCAGAGGCCUUCAUCGUGCGGCUGCUGGAAGACGCGUACCUGUGCUCGCUGCACGCCCGUCGAGUCACCCUGUUCCCCAAAGAUCUGCAGCUGGCCCGGCGUCUGCGGGGAGUGGAGGCGGGUGGCAUCUGA